UGCCACGGGAUCCGGUAAUCAAUGGUUUUCCACAGACAGUUCGCAGCACAAAAGCCAGUCCUUUCAGCCCAGCAAAUUGCAAACCCCUUCCAUAUCGCCUGUUGACAAAAGACCCUCUUGUAGAGGAAUUGGUGGUAGUUGCAGCCCACCACAUUGGGUUUAGUCUACCUCUCGGGCCGCCUCUGAAAAGAUAUCAGAUAUGGACUCGGACUCGGACUCCUCUUCUGAUGGUGUCGAGGAGCCAUUCGAAGUGGAGACAGUGGACCUGCUGACCCGGCUGAGUGACACGCUAGAUGACUUCACGGCCGACGGUGGUGAUGUUGAGUCAGUCAGUGAUCUGCUGAACAGGCUGAGUGAGAUUGUACUAAAGUACUCAGUGGAAUAUGAGAAGAGGCAGCCAGAUCCCUAUGACCAGCGCCAUAUCGAGAGAGCGAUGCCGGACAGUCCUCUGGCGAAGGUCGUCAAGAAGAUUGAGACGGAUCCAGACCUAAUGGGGAAGAUCAUAGAGAGUGUCAUAUUACACGGUGGCGAAGAGGAAAGCAAAGCUGGUGCACACUAUCUGGCUCUGGUUAUCCCGCUGGUAGACAUGGAGGAAAUGGUUAUACAACUCGAAGAUGUGGAUGGAUUGGAGGAUUUCCUUUUCGCACAAGCCCUGCAAAUCAACCGCAACGACCGGGAAUUACCACUAUACUGCCUAAGAAUUCUAUCACACAUGUUGGAAUCGAAGCCGCAAACCCAGACGUACAAAACAAAGCUUCGAGAACUGACAACUCCACUGAUGAAGCGCUGCCAUGAACUCCAUACGGGCAUGAUGAGACGUCUUCUUCGCAAGCAGGCGCCACCCGGUGACCUAAUGGGAGACUAUCCAUUGCCAAAGCGAAGCAGGUCGUCUGGCGUCGGGGCAGGCAGCAGUGGCCCGCAGCCCGUGAUGCUCAGUGCAACACACGCUUCAAGCAAUGGUGGCAGCAGCCAUUGUGCAAGCAAUGCUGAUCCGACUUCUGCCAUACCGGGGCUCAUUCCAGCCAGCAGGCAUCCGAAGAGUGAGGUGCCGAUGUCGCAACCAUCCGGCACCGUUUCUGCGGAGAGCGAAAGAGGGUCAACGUCUGCUGAUGGGAUGCCACCGCUGGUACCGUUAACAACAACACCAGCACCGGCGCUGAGGCCGACUACACCCACAACACCCUCUGCUUCUUCUUCCACUUCUUCUCAACGUGCUGACUCGGAUGUGAGCCAGCGUGGCAUUCCAGCAGCUCUAGCCUCGGGUCUUGCCUCUCCACAAGUCACUGCUGCAGAGUUAUCUGCUGAUGAUUGUUUGCGUCACGACAUUGCACUGCAUCCCAUGACGGAGAGUGCCGAGUUUCGCAUCAUUGCCUCAGCUCUGGUCGCUAUCGGCUAUAUGCAGGAGGUGCAAGGUAUUUUCUUGCCGUAUGCUCUCAAGACGCAAAUGGUCAGCUCCCUAGUUAACAUCUCGUCAGUGUUUGCGCAACGCAAGCGAUGGCUUCUUGUGAUUGACUGUCUUAAGCUUGUGAGUCAGCUAGUUGCGCACAAGAAGUUUGCCCUGGAACUCGUGUCAUCAGGUGGAGUCGGUGUGCAGUUGCUACUGGGCCUUCCUCCGGGCAGCUCAGCAUCAGCUGGCGUAAUGAAUGUCUUCUCCAGCCUUGCGGAGAACAACCGCGACACCAUGGAGAGGAUUUAUCUCAUUCUCCAAUCCAAUUCGAACGCACUAUUGGACAAACUGGUGGGGUACUGUGUACAAGUACUGGAGUGCGGACAUGCAAGUGCACGUUCAACCAGCGGGACCUUUUUAAUGCACUCCUUCAACUGGCCAGCCGUCAAAGAGUGCUUUGACAAGCACGAUGGACUCCGGAAACUUCUGAACCAGGUUACAACGUUAUCUAUGAUGUCCAAUGACGAUGCUGAUGUGAUUGAUGAAGAGGCCCAGCUGGUAGAGCGGCAACGUGUCCGCGAUACACUACUCACGCUACAGAACUACAUCCUGGCGAACUUCACCAUCGUCACCAAAAACCUCAUUGGCAUGGUUUGCCAAAAUCUUCCGUCCAGCUCCGUCGCUCAAGAACCACUUCGCAAGCACCUGCUGAAGGUGGCCUACCAACUGAAAGAUGCAAUCUACGCUUCGAAACUGACAUUGGACAAUGUAUCUACGUUCCUGCUUUAUUGGCCGGCGCUCACCAAGUGGUCGUUUGUUGGGAGCUUCAUGCAGCUGGGCGGCGUGCAGCUUCUCUUGCAGUUUACCUGCAUUGCAUCUAAAUGGAAGAACACUCCGCUCAGGCUCGACAUCGCCUUGUACUCACUGGAGGGCAUUGCGAUACUCGCGCUGCUUCAGGCGGAUGUGCGCCUGGCGAUGUGCGAGUCGUUUCUCAUGCCUGACGGUUCGUCACAUUCUGCCAUGAGUCUUCUUCUGGAAGCAGCUGAAGGGUCGCUGAUCGACGAUCCCUCUGUUCAGACACUAGCCUUACAGAUCCUGGCUACAUGUGUCAGUCCGGACGUGGCUGCUGAUCAUCUGUUGUUUGUUGCCGGUCAUGACCACACUGUUCGGUGUGGCGAGAACUAUUCCAGCAAGCUGAGCCGUGUUUGGUCGUGUGUUCGUCAUCACCAAGGCAUCAGGGUCUUAGUUCAGCUGAUUCAGAAGCGCACGCCGGCUGCUGCCGCCGAUAGUCUGCGUGGUCUUGCUUGCAUUGCUCUGAGUGGCCUGUCUCGGUGUGGUGAAGUCAAACAAAUCCUCAGCAAACUGCCUUUGUUCAACAGUGGCCAGAUGCUCACACUCAUGGCUGAUCCGAUCGCUCCAACCAAGCUCAUUGAGCAUCGCGUCUUCUGUCAUUUUGCACAGAUCAUGAUAAACAAUGUCGCUGGAAAGGCUGCUACCGAUGCUGGUGAUUCAUCUUUAUCAUCCCUACAGCGGUCGUACGUUGUCGGUCAAACGGACAUUACCUUUCCUCGCCAAGAGCUUCUGCAGAUCAUCUACCGGCACUUGGUUGAUGAAGGUCUACCGACAGCGGCAUUGGCAUUACAGAUGGAAGCAAAGCUGCCUCCUGCUCCAGUAGUGCUAGCGAAAUCCGUACCAUCCACACCUAAUGUGCCGAAGCACCAGACUCCAGUAGCAAGCCAUGGUCCACUCAGAAAACGGUCUGCAGCAAGUCAACCCGGUUCCAGUAUCAAGCCAGGGAGGUCGGCCAGUGUCAGCGCAUCGCCUGUCAUUCGGCCGAUCGUCACGCCGUCAUCCGCCGCCGCGGCGUCCCAGAACAUCCGCGUCGGCGAUAACCGCCGCAAGGAGCCGCUGACCGUUUUCAUCCCGCCAUUGUCAGCUUCUGCAACACAGGAAGACUCUGCUCAAUCCUUGGACAAGAUUGUGACGCAUUUCUUGCGUGACCAGCAUCUGAAGUGUGCACACCCAAUGGGCAUCUGCCCUCCGUUCUCGCUGACAAAAGGUCAUCAGUGCCCUGUACCGCAGUUCCGUCGACACGCGCCCGUCAGCAUAGCGCAGCGCUUGCAGCGUCGUCAGCUGACGGGAGGAGGCUGCGGCAUCGGCCUCGGCAGCUCUGCGUACAACCGGCAGUUCAUCUACAGCAGGUACCGGCCUGCCGCCGCUUGUCCACAGUCCCUGGACACGUUUUACUCGGCCGUAGCGUUCAUGCCGGAUGAUGAACACCUUCUACUUGGCUGCAACUCUGGAGAAAUCUGCCUUUGCGUCGUACCCAAAGAUCGCCAGACAGCUACGAUCGAUGAAUCAUUUGGGUGUCAUCAUCAUCAGUCUCAUAUCACCAACCUCGUCCCUUCAAAGUCUGGGCGCUUGUUGCUGUCUUCGGCCUCCACAAGUGGACCAGGUCAAACCAUCUUAUGGUCACUGGACCCGCCAAAGACAAUCACUUUCAAGCAGUCGUUCGAGAACGUCAUCACAGCGGAAUUUGCUAACCGGUCUGAAGAUCGCUUCAUUGCGACAUAUCCAGAUAGCGCAAAGGUACACGAUACGGAAACAGGUGCGAUCAUAUACGAGCUGGCGGACUCAGCAGACGGUCGCCAUGCUAGCUUCAACUUUGCCUCGUUUCAUCCAUCCGACGACCUAGUGCUGAGUAGUGGCUGUCUGUGGGAUGUGCGCGGGCCUUCCGUCCGCUCAAUCCGCCAGUUCGACAGUCUCAACUCGUUCGGAUGCGGCCUCUUCCACCCCAAGUCCGGUGUAGAAGUGAUCAUCAACUCGGAAAUUUGGGACUUGCGUACGUUCAACCUUCUCUCUACCUGUCCACAGCUGGACAAGUGUCACCUGAGAUUCAACCAUGCCGGUGAUGUCAUCUUCGGAGUUCGGCAGUAUGAUGACUCUGCAAGUAGCAUGUCUGGAGCCCAGGACAGCGAGCUGCAAGUUGUUGAUGGCUUCACUUACCAGCCAAUCGCAUCUGUACCGAAGAAGCGGCAGCUGUUUGAUUUCAACAUCUCCUGGGAUGAUAGUUGUCUAGCUGUUGUCGAGAACUAUUCUGAUGCGGAUUGGAUGAACAGCGGGUCCGAUUGUAGGUUGUAUAUGAUUGGGCAGCAAAGCAACUGGAUGAAUGAUCUCGACGACGAGGAUGAGAGUGAUGACGGUGGUGGUGUGGAUAGUGAUGAUGAGACCAGCAGUGAUGAUGUGAGUAGCGACAUGAGUGACGAUAUGGAUGGCCUCGAUGGGAAUGACGAAGAUGACAUGCCAAUGUUUUUUAGAGGUAGCGGCGAAGAAGAAGAAGAUGAUGAUGCUGACGACGAUGAUGAUGAUGAUGCUGACGAUGAUGAUGACGCUGCCUCUUCACCAGGAUCUGCGGAUAGUGGCACAUCCGAACCGGCAUCAUCGGAUGAUGACAAUGAUUCAUCAUCAGGUCCGUCGAACGGCGGCAAUACGGGACGUCGCAACAGAUCUCGUGCUGCCAACAGCUCCGCAGCACGUGCCCGUAUCAGAACUGCUACUGCUGCUGCUGCCGUGGAUAAUGACUCUGACGACGGAGAAGACUCCGAGUUCGACGGAGGUGAUGCCAUGCGUGCUGCGCUGGAUGCUUUGGACAAUGACGACGUGGAGACUCUUGAACAGUUAUUGCGGAGUGGACGAACAGCGCACUUUGGCCGAAGGAACAGAGCACCACGUCGAGGUCGACGGCACCAAGGCUGAGCUGUUCAGGCUGUCACCAGAAGACUGUAGAUAAUGAGAAGAAUCACUCGGCCCUGGCACUGUGGAAGUAUCGUUAAUGGUGUAGUGUGUUCCCCCGUUUCGUCCGUGGCUGGCAGGGGUAUCUUUUGGGUUAGCUGUUGUACCUCCCAUCGAUUUCACACACAAGUAUCCACCUUGUCUUUUUAGCUUGCUGCAACUGUCGUGUUGGCCAGCAUGGUUCACAUCGGUCUGACACUAUUGUGCGAUUGUGUGGUGUAUCCUGAUUGCUUGGGGUGCGUGCGUGUGUGUGUGUGUGUGUGCGGUGUGUGUGCGUGCGCCACGUUAUGGCCGUAUCCACCAUGUCCUUAUCGCUUGUACAUGAGAGCGAACAAAUCCUAAACCUACCAUGUCCUCACCGCUUUCGCGUGCGAGUAAGCGAACCCUUAAGUUUUAAAGUGGCCAAUGUCCACUGAUUGCUGUGUGUGUGUGUGUGUUCGGAUUUCUUUUUUCUUCUUCUUUUUACGGGUUUCUGUUAUUCGUACAGCUGCUGCUGCUGCUCUUUGUUAUACUAGUGAUGAUGCUUGACCGUCUUGUGUUAUAGCAUGCUGUUCAAUUCUUCUUUGUUUUUACUUGCCAGACCAGAGUGUACCCUCUCAACAAGCAGAGGCGUUCCAA